AUGCCUUCCCCAAGAGCGACACUGUUCCCCAACUCGACUCGCUUCCGAGUCAAUGCCAAUUGGCCUUGUUUCACUGCCCCUCCAUGGCGGCAUGGCGGCACAGCUUGCGCUCCCUUGCAGCGCAUAUCAAUGCAGGGAGACGUCUCACCGCUUAGGCGCCAGAGCACGAUGACGGACUACUAUGCCGGUAGGCGUGAGGAUACGGUGGAUCCAGCCCGCAGCCAGCAAUUGUUAAACAUGGUCUUUCCAAUUCGUGAUGCAUGCCCGUGUGAACCAAACGCCGAGAAUAUGUAG